CAAAAUCAUCUUUUUUGAAAUUUUUUUAGGUAGAAUCACAACAACACUUAUUGCUGUCGGAAAAACGGAAAACAAGGUCAGGUUCCAUUUCAUAUGGCUCAUAAAUUAUCACUUCAACCACAACUUGGCGCCGUUAGGCCAGACUUUUUUCUCAGAAGCUGUACUUUACGAAGCAGUACUACUAGUUGUGGUACUUUUGAAAUUGUCAACGCCGCAACGGAAUUCUUAAGAUUCGCGAUUUUGCAGAUGCCCUUUUUUCAGUAAAAUGCCGACGACUGAGGAGAGGGCCAACAAGAGGAGGAAGACUGAUGAUGCCCUUCCAUCAGCACUUCCAGCUAUAAAAAGUUCUGAACAACUUCAUCAAAACUUUGGAUAUUGGAAGAGCUCGUCGUCAUCCCAAUUGAAAGCAGCACUCGAUCAAUUCUCCAAUUUCCUAUCCCAGUUAUCCGUAUCCAACAAAACAGAUGGCGAGUACGAGCGUCGAUUAGCAAUCUUAAGCAAGUACUGCAAGGAACAGUCAUCGGCAUCUCACGAUGAGGUUGAUUUCCCAGACCUUCUGGCCAUCUGGUCCCAUGCCAGUGAAACCAACGAUGAAAGUCUUCUCGCUUCGAUACCGUCCGUCCUCGCUCAAUUCUACCAAUCUAUCGACACGUCCCUCGAUUUGCGGGAUUUUGGUAUCUCACUAGGACACAGUCUUCUCAAACGUGAUCAACUCCGACUUUUCGACAAGUGUCUAUCAUCGCCAAGAUCCAAGCAGCACCUCAUUGCUCCUGCUUUGCGACUUCUCACAAAGCUCAUCGAGUUCGACCAAGGUACUCUUGCCACCAACGUGUUCAAUAGGCGCGACCACCUCUACAGAAGGCUUGACGACAUUCUGGGCAGGUCUCAGACAGCAGACGAAAGUCCUUCUGUUGCGCAUAGAUCAGCACUCGAGUUUCUGAUUGCCAAUCUCAAGUACAUCGACAACGCGGCAAAAAUCGAGCUCAUCUCCCACGGCAGUUUGAUAUACUCAGCCAUCCGUGGCCUGUCCACCGAGCAGCCGAACAUUGUCUGUGCCACCCUACGUGCUCUAGUCGAUUUUAUCCUCGAUGAUCCAAACAUGGGUGGCAGGCUGAAGAGUCGAUGUUUCAAUUCAGGAAUCUUAACCGCAUUGGCAAAGCUAUAUGCCUACGACCGAGACGUGCCAGAAGACGACUCCAGUUUAUCUGUCAGGGCGGUACUUCAUGAAGUCCUCACUAAAAUAUGUACUUCCAGUGAUAUUGUCAAUCCGCAAUACGGAUGGUAUCCCGUUGGGUUCAAUGCAAAUGUGGCGGGCAAUGACGGAGAUAUGGUGCCUCUGGGCCUGGAUGCUCCCUACUUCACUGACGAGUAUGCCGAAAGGAUUCCGGUCAAGAAUGGAGUCUUGUCAGUAUUUCUGCAGACCCUUCGACCAGGAGAAGACGUUUUACAUAAUGAGCUGAUUCUCUCAGUCUUCUCCGCAGCGCCUGAACUGGUCGCCGACUAUUUCACAAAGAGAACCAAGUUCAACCUGCAGCCGGGAGAUACUCCUCUCUGGCGUGGUCAGUUUGCUUUCCUCUUCUCCAUCGUUCAACUUUCAGUUCCAGAGAACUUUGGAUGGCCAGAUGUUAUACCCCAAAAUCCACCACCGCUCUCUGUCAUUAUUGAAAACAUUCUUCCUCGACCGCUGGACAAGUCAAACCUCAGCAAAUGUCUCCUGUCAAAGGACACUUUGCUUAUCAUGUCUACGAUGCGAUACAUGACUAUCGCUCUUCAGAAACUCAAGCUUGUACUGGAGCAAGUUAAUCAAGCAUCACGUUUAUCUGAUUUGUGGGCUCAAGCAUCCACUAGCCUGAUCAGCUUGUUCAGCGAGCGGUUUCCGCCACUGCAAGAGGUGAUUGGAACCAUGUCAGAUCACAAAGAAAGCGAGCAGAUUCGAGGUACCAUCCUCGAGUGCAUAGCUACUCACUAUGAUGUCUUGCCCUCAAUAUCGGUGGUGGCCAAAUUUGACGCCGCUCCAUUCUUGACUACUGCAAUCAAGAACCUUGUUUCCCGAGACUUGGAUGCCUAUGCACAGGGUACUCUCAAUGAGCAGAUUCUCCACCUUCUCAACAUUGCGUCCCGUUCCUCUACCACCCGAUGGUGGCAGAAACCCAGUCCCGAAGAUCUAUCGCCCGUGACAUCACUAUUGAGAUUCUGCACCCGAUCUCCCGAAUCUAGCCUGGUGAGAAGUGCAUUAUCGAUCCUUCAAGAUGUCUUGGUAUUUAGGGGAAUUCUGAAUGCGAGUCGAUCGCUUGAUGUGCUGAUUCUCAGCCUCACAGAAUCUAAGAAAUACCAACCAGAACUCGCAACAUAUGAGUUCUUGGACAAUUGCAUGACUCGUACAAUGCAACGACCAGUCAAAUAUCUCGAUCGAAUUGAAAUCAUUCAGGAUGAAGUAUCGGACAAAGCUCCAUUGAGUCUACUGACAUGCUGUGUCGCCGAGCAAUGGCCCUUUGUCGCCAAGAAGGCAUCCGAAGACGAUGUCAAGAACAUCGCGGGCUGGAUCGCAAGAUUCUUUGUGGCUAUGGGUCAAGCUGGCGAGAACCUUGGAGUCAUGACAGUCCUUCAACAAGAAAUGCUCAAUCUCCCAGACGAAUAUGCACGGUCGAAGAAGAUCUUGACCAAAGCUCUAGAGAAACAGCUCAAGAAACCUAUCGAACUAUCUUCCCCAAUUGACGCCGCUGGCGGACUCGAGGCAAAAGCAAGAUCAUCCGUCGUCGACACUGUGAAGAUGGCCGAACGUCUCUUCCCUGCCAACGACCUCGACCUCAACACUGUCUUCAGCCAACCCCCACCUAUUCCUCAGUCCUUGACUGGCCUUUUCCGCUGGGAGAAAUCGGAUUUCGACACCGAGAUCCAAUCUGGACGUUUGGCAAAUCUAAUCCGAUGCACCAUUUCACCAAGUCACGAGGUUCGAAUUCAAGCGUUCCAUACACUUCAAACCGUGGCACAUUCAGUGGAAAACUCCAAUUACAGUGAAAAAACACAACUAUAUCUCCUCCUCGGCGAACUCAGUGAAAGCAUCCGGUCCUUAAUCCUAACAGGUUCCGACGGAGGAGAAAGGACAUCAUCAUCAUCUCCUCCUCCUCCGCCACCAUCCCUCCUCUCCGAACUCGCCAUCCACUUCCUCCCCGUCCUCUCCGACCCAUCCUCCCCCUUGUACAGCAAAACCAAUGAAUUUCUCCUCCUGGGCCCAUCAUGGACAUCUCACCGUCUCAUUCCCUACUGGACACGACAGAAAUUUCUCACCGAGACAACCUCGGACGACACACCGGGAACAAAUGCCCAACAUGCCGAGAUAGCGUGGUUUCUCGACUUUUUAAUCAUGGCACUCCGCACGACACUGGAUCUGGAUUUAUAUCGACGAGCACAAGUCUUUACGGGUCUUUUCUCAUAUUAUGUCUCGCCAGCGAGUCCGAAAGAGACGAGACGACGGAUUCUCCAGCUUGUGUAUCGUGCAUUGCAGAUUCCGGGCGGCAGUGAUACCUUGAUCACCAGGGUGGGUGUGAGGGAGUGGUUGGCGGUGGCGAGGAAUGUGAGGGAUCAUAGUGGGAAUGGAGUGUCGAGGAUGGGGAAGGUGGAUGUGGAGAUGAGGAGGAUUAUCGAUGCUCUGAGUCGGGAGGUUAUGGAGAAGUGUGAUAGAGACGGGAUUGCGAAGUGGGAGGCGCAGAGGCCGAUUGAUAAGAAGACACAUGAUGCAGGUGUGGUUGAGGAGAUGGAGGUUGAUUGAUGGGUGAGAGCCGUCGUCCGUCAAAGGGUGCAAUGCGUGCAAUGUAUAGUGCUACCUACACCUGCUAGGAGUUGUUAGUUUGGACUAUGGAUCGAGGGAAUCAUCGAUUCAAGCUUCAGUGUUCUCAUUUGUUAUAACACGACUCGGGGGCUGUGGACAAAUGUUCAACUUCCGGCAGCAUUGUGGUAACAUUUCGGCUCCGAUUUAAUAUCUAAGCGGUAUCUCUAUAAUAGCCACCCCUUCCCUAUA